AUGGGGAUCGAUCUGAACACGAUCGAGGAGGAGGAGGAGGAGGAGGAGGCGGCGGAGCACCCGACCUCACUCCAAACACCGCAAACCGACCACCACCACCACCAAGAAAAGGGUGGUGGUAAUAUUCUCGAUCCUCUCAUUCUAUCUUCUUGUGCUUCUUCUUCUUCUUCUUCUUCUUGCUCUUGCAGUCUUCGUUUCGGGGGUCGGCCCAUGGGCUCCGCUUUCUUGGACUUCUGGUACCCCAUCUUCUUCGCCUCCUCGGGAUCCGGGGAGGAGGAUGAGAGGUGGUCGGAGCACGUUGAAGAAUGCUUUUCGUCGGCGAUAUCACCAAAUGUCGCCGACGCUUUGGUGACGCUUCUAACCCCUCUCCUCCACAACCCUCCAUCUACGAGCUCUUCUCUCUUUCUCCCUCUUUCUUCUUCUUUCUGGCCGUUUCCUAGCUUUGUGGUUGCCAGAAAUCGAGGUCGGAGAGCUCGUUGGAACCAAGGUUGUGUGUAUUCUCCUCUGGAUUGGCCUGAAGAGGAAUGGAACAGUCUCAUUUCCACGAAUCUAAGUGGUCUAUGGCUGGUAUCCAAACAUAUCUGCAGACGGAUGCAUGACACGAAGCAGAAUGGAUCAGGGAUUAAUAUCUCAUCUAUUUCUGGUACUCAACGUGGAGAAUUACCUGGAGGUGUUGCCUAUGCUGCAUCAAAAGCAGGUGUCGGUGCCAUUACCAAGGUGAUGGCUUUGGAAUUGGGGGUUCAUAGCAUCAGGGUGAACGCAAUACCCGGGUUGUUCAAAUCUGAGAUAACAGAGGGUCUCAUGCAGAAAGGAUGGCUUGACAGAGUGACCAAGAGGACUGUUCCCUUGCAAACAUUGGACACAUCGGAUCCGGCACUGACGUCGCUGGUCCGGUAUCUGAUCCAUGAUUCAUCAGAAUACGUGUCGGGCAGUAUAUUCAUCGUCGAUGCUGGUACCACAUUGCCUGGUGUACCCCUCUUCUCUUCCCUCUGAUUCAUGUCUCGUCUGUUGUUACUGUUCCAUUGGUCUUCUGAGGUGAGACUCACAAUUCUUUUUCAGAGCUGAGCACAGGUGACUAGUGAUACAUAUAUAUGAAAAAGGGGCGACCAGUGUUCCAGUCUCUCUCUGAAAAGGAUGGCUAGUGUUUCAAACAUGAUUUUUCUCUUCCUAUUUUCCUGCUUUCCGCUGGAGUAUAAACUCUGUCAUUGGCUCGGUCUUGCAGAAUAAUCAAUGAUGGCUCUUUUGCUUGUUAAUUUUUCGAUUUUUUCUUGAAUGGAAAGUAGGGAUGAUAAGGAACCUGAAGC